AUGUUUCCACCACUGAAAAACGAUUUGAUUUUGCGGGCGGCACGCGGCGAGACAGUCGAGAGACCGCCUGUGUGGCUUAUGCGUCAGGCGGGCCGGUAUUUGCCAGAGUACCACGAGGUCAAGGGUGACCGCGACUUCUUCGAGACCUGUAGGGACCCGGAGAUUGCGUCGGCGAUCACUAUCCAGCCCAUCGACCAUUUCGACGGACUGAUCGACGCCGCUAUAAUAUUCAGCGAUAUCUUGGUUAUCCCCCAGGCCAUGGGCAUGGAUGUACAAAUGGUGGACAAAGUGGGGCCACGGUUCACUGAUCCAUUAAGAGUUCCUGAAGAUUUGAACAAGCUGAACAAAAAUACCGACGUUUCAAAGGAAUUGGCGUGGGCAUUCAAUUCCAUAACCACCACGAGACACAAGCUGAAUGGCCGUGUUCCUUUGCUUGGGUUCUGCGGAGCCCCAUGGACUUUGAUGUGCUACAUGAUUGAAGGAGGAGGAUCCAAGAUCUACAGAUUUGUCAAGGAGUGGCUGUUCAAGUACCCGAAGGAGUCCCACCAACUUUUGCAGAUGACCACCGACGUGGCUGUGGAGUUCUUGGCCUUGCAAGUCAAGGCUGGUGCUCAGAUGUUGCAAGUUUUCGAGAGUUGGGGUGGAGAGCUGAGUCCUGCUGAUUUCAAUGAGUUCUCCUUGCCAUACUUGCGCCAGAUCUCUCAGAGACUUCCGCCGAGAUUGAAGGAGCUUGGUAUCGAGGAAAAGAUCCCGCUCACGGUGUUUGCCAAAGGUUCGUUCUACGCUUUGGAAGACCUGUGUGAGUCUGGCUACGACGUUGUUUCGCUCGACUGGCUGUACGACCCGGCAAAGGCGGUCAAGGUGGCCAACGGCAGAGUCACUUUGCAAGGUAAUUUGGACCCUUGUGUCAUGUACGGAUCGCACGAAACCAUCUCUCGCAAGACUGAGGAGAUGAUCAAAGGUUUUGGCGGAGGAAAGAAAAACUACAUCAUCAACUUUGGCCACGGAACACACCCAUUCAUGGACCCGGAACAAAUUCGGUUCUUCCUUGAAGAGUGUCACAGAAUUGGGAAGCAGUGA